AUGCCGUUCAACGCACAGUCCGUACCCAUGGGAGCAACACUCCAUGAGGCUUCGGCAUGCACACAGUUAAAGCCAAGUAUUAUGUUAGCUCCGCUGAUGUCGGGGGUUGGAUCAACUGAGUCGCUCAUACUCGAAUCUUCAAUUGCAUCGAUGCCAAUCAAACCUUCGACAAACGCAACGGGACCAACCAACUAUCAACUAAAGCCACCUCCUGAGGAAGAAUAUUCGAGUGAAGUUGAUGCAGAAGCUGCUAUUUAUGCUUGGACUGCACAACAUGGCUACAACGUGGCUAAGAAGGAACUAGAGAGAAACAAAAAUGGAGACGUGAUAUACAGACUAUUUGCGUGUGAUCAAUGGGGUAAACCCAAGAACACUCGACGUCUGCGAGGUUAA